AUCAAUUAAAUUGAAGAUAACACAAUUAAAGCAAUACUUCCGAAAUUGCCGCACAUUACACAACUCCUUUCAAACGUUAAAUUUGCCGGGAGCUCCAUACUAUAGUUCGGUUAUCGGUGACUUUGAUGAAAGCCACCUGUUCGUGGGACUGCGAAUGAGAUAACUAAUACUAUGUUGUCUACGCCGUGAAUCCGCGUAUCAAUCAGCGAUCAGAUUUCAAUCACUGCCCGCUGAUAUAUAACUGCCGAUAUAAACCAUUAGUUUGGUCGUGAAUUCCAGCCAGGUUAGUCGACACUCGAAGUUCGUGACGAAAAGAUGGACGGUGCAGGGAGUAUGUCGAAGGAGCAAUCGCAGAAUGGGGAUCGCCAAUCCCUGCUGGUGGCCAAAAUAGUCGCCAUGGUGGUGCUCGUGGUGAUCACCGUGCUCUGCGGCAGUCUGCCUUACGUCCUGAACCGCUGCUUCCAGUGGACCAAGCAGAGUCCGGAGGAGACCCGAUCCUCGGCUGUGGUGCGGUGCCUGCUCUUCUUCGGCGGCGGCGUGCUCAUCUGCACAACCUUCCUGCACAUGCUGCCCGAGGUGAUCGAGGUGGUCGAGGCUCUCCAGCAAUGCGGAUCACUCGCCCAGACGCCCUUCGCCCUGACGGAAAUGCUGCUCUGCACCGGCUUCUUCCUGAUGUACGCCCUGGACGAGCUGAUGACCAACUUGGUGCGACGCCACCAGCGGAAGCUCAGCCGCAAGGAGUCGGUGGCCAGUCUGGCCUUCGAAAGGGGACGCAGCAUCCGGCACAGUGUUCUACUCAAGAAUGAGGAGAAGGCCACGCCCCCGCAACAGGAAGUUAAGGAGCUGGAACCUCAGCCGCCAAAGGAUCACCACGGCCACUCGCAUAUGCCCGUGCCAUCCGGCGAGGGAUCCGGAUCCUCUGCCAGGGGGCUGGGCAUCAUCCUUGCCCUGUCCCUCCACGAACUGUUCGAGGGCAUGGCCAUCGGACUGGAGGGCACUGUAAGCACGGUGUGGUUCAUGUUCGGAGCGGUGGCCGCCCACAAGCUGGUGCUGGCCUUCUGCGUGGGAAUGGAGCUCCUGGUGGCCCGCACCCGCAGCUCGCUGGCCAUCGUGUACCUGGUGACCUUCUCCAUUGUGACGCCCAUUGGUAUCGGCGUGGGCCUGGGCAUCAGCCAGCAGGUGGCUGCUGGUCAGCCCAGUCUGCCCUCCGGAAUCCUCCAGGGCAUCGCCUGCGGCACCCUGCUGUAUGUGGUCUUCUUCGAGAUCCUCACCGAGAGUCACGCAGGAUGGAGAGCUCUUAUCGCCGCCGUGGCCGGAUUCUCCCUGAUGUUUGGCCUGCAAAUACUGUCCGACGAGGCGGAGGGCGAUGAUAGCUACACCUGCCCCUAGAUUUUGACUCACCACUUCAGUAUUAUUAUUACCUUAAGCUAUAUUUUGCGGUAGAUAUGCAUUUAUUAGGUGUACGCAUUAUUUAUCACUAAAAUAAAGUAUUAACAAAAUAGGCUUUAAGAAAUGGAUUUUGCAUUUGGACUCCCAAGAAAAGGGUGUAAUAAGACAUUUUUAUAAAUGAAG